UCGCCUCAUGGAGAACCACACUACACGACUUCCUCCGUACCUUAACACCGGCUGAAACAGCUAAAACAAACGCUCACCACAAUCGCCAUUGUUAAAGCCCAUCUUUCCGCCCCGCCUCCCACCCCACCAUGGCGCCCUCCCUCGAACCCCUUCCCGAGCCCAUAGACUUCACUGCCCCUCUCAAACAAGCCCCAAAGCUCGUCGCGCCAGAGCCAGAACACUGUCCCGGCCCCGAAUCCAACCUCGCCGGCACCGCCGACUCCUGCGCUGGCUGCCCGAACCAAGCCAUCUGCGCCUCCGCGCCCAAAGGCCCCGACCCCGACAUCCCCCUCAUAACCGCGCGACUCGCCAAUGUCAAACACAAGAUCCUCGUGCUCUCCGGCAAAGGCGGCGUUGGCAAGUCCACCUUCUCCACCAUGCUCGCGCAUGGCUUCGCCGGGCUCGACAACCUCGAGAACCCGGUGGGCUUGAUGGACACGGAUAUCUGCGGGCCGUCGAUACCCAAGAUGAUGGGGGUGGAGGAUGAGACUAUUCAUGUCAGCGCCACGGGGUGGAGUCCUAUCUGGGCGACCGAAAGUCUGGCCGUUAUGAGCGUGCAGUUUAUGCUGCCGAACCGGGAUGAUGCUGUUAUUUGGCGGGGCCCGAGGAAGAACGGGCUGAUCAAGACGUUUUUGAAAGACGUGGAGUGGGGCGAGUUGGACUACUUGAUUGUGGAUACGCCACCGGGGACGUCGGACGAGCACCUCAGUGUGAAUUCGUAUCUGAAGGAGGCUGGGGUCGAUGGGGCGGUACUAGUGACGACGCCGCAGGAGGUCAGUCUGUUGGAUGUAAGAAGAGAGGUGGAUUUUUGCCGGAAGGCGGGGAUCAGGAUAAUUGGGAUUGUCGAGAACAUGAGCGGGUUUGUGUGCCCGAAUAAGAAGUGCGGAUACGUGAGCCAGAUUUUCCGGGCCAGUACGGGUGGUGCGAAGAAGUUGGCUGAGGAAGAAGGUAUACCGUACUUGGGAGCUGUGCCGCUGGACCCGCUGAUCAGGCUGGCCUGCGACUUAGGCGAGAGCUUUCUGGAUGCGUAUCCGGACAGUCCGGCGUCCAAGGCUAUAAGAAAGGUUGUGGAAGAGGUAGUUAAGACAGUGGGCGGGUCAUGAUGUAAGCUGAGGGAUCCCGAUGGUACGAAUGAUGUAUUCGGCGUUUUAUUGCAUUUGAAGGCUACGUGUUAGCGAGAGCAUCGGGAGGCGUUACUUGAUCUUCGAGCAAAAUGAGUACUCGUAACAUCACGGUGGAUUUUCAGAGAAUUUGAAGCUACGAAUUGAAACAUGACACUACACUUUUACCACUAUUUACGAAUGAGAAUCUCUGCCUUCGAGAUGCCAAGGAUGGUGGGCUCAAGUCAUC